GUCGUGCUCUUGUUCUGUUCCAGUCCUACUUCGAGUUCCCGUCCCACUGCUUUCGCAGCCUCCAUUCUCACUCUCUUUUCGACAGUCAGAUGCCCUCUGCCAUCUUCUCCCUUCUCUAUAAUCCGGACUAUCUCCCAGGCGCCCUCGUGUUGGGCUCCCGUAUCCACAAGCUCUUGGAAAGGGCCCAGGACUCGUCCACUGUGCUCGGGGUGCUCAUUGACAAACUGAAGUUUUCACCCUCCCAGCUUCACCUCUUGUCUCGUUUCUACACAGACUUGGUCGAUGUGGCUCCCUUGCAAUCGUCGCUUAAGGAUAAGCUCCACAAUGACUUGCAGAGACCAGAGUUGGACAAGACCUUCACCAAAGUCGUGCUCUGGUCACUUCUCCAAUAUGACAAGAUCCUCUACCUCGAUAGUGAUACAUUGCCCAUCAUUCCAGACUCGCCAGCUGCAGGUUCAGUCAUUGACUUGCUCCAGUUGGAGUUUGAGAAGUCAGCCAUUCUCGCAGCUCCAGACUCCGGCUUCCCCGACAUCUUCAACUCGGGUGUUUUUGUGUUGAAGCCCAAUUUGAACGACUACAGCGCGCUAGACUCACUUGUCAAACAAUCAGCUACCAAUCCCAACUUGUCUUUUGAUGGUGCCGACCAGGGGCUCCUCAACCAGUACUUCAAUCCCCAACCAGAUUGGGUGCGGGCCUUACUUGAGACUGGAAAUGCGCACAUUGAUUCCACCACCGAAUCUGGCUCAACUAUCGUAAGAGCUUCAACCAACUGGGUCAAGAUCCCCUUCUUGUACAAUGUGACUCCGUCCGCCCAGUACCAGUACUUGCCCGCUUUCAAGCAUUUCCUGACCCUCCCCCCAGUUCCAGUGGGCCCAGAAGACUUUGAUAUCUUAACUGCAGGCGGAGAACCAGGCGAGGACUCCGAGCCAGUACUCCGGUCCACUUUUGAUACUUUAGCUAACUACCAUACCACAGCACUUUCCUACAUUAACUACUCGACUACACAGGUCAAGUUGGUGCAUUUCAUCGGACCUGCUAAACCUUGGAAGCUGAGCACCACGGUGUCCGGAAUCCACAAGGACUGGUGGUACGCCUGGAUGGAUACCUUUGGACCCAGAUCCAUCGCGGAUGUAGUUUCCUCGGAGUACGAAGCUUCAGCUCCAGAAUCUCUGCAUGAAUACACGAUUCCAAAAGAAUACAGAUACGAGGGCCCAGACCAACACUUGGAUGAGGGCCCCCUUCCAGAACCAUAUGACGAACACAAACCGGAACAGCCUUCAAAACCAUUUGAACCUUCAGACUUGCUCGAUCCAGCCAACUACCAACAGUACGAGGACCAUAUCGUCCCUUCGGCAGAUGCAAUGUGGGAUCCUACAAAGGAGCCACCUCCAUCAAAUGUCGAUCCUGCACCAUACGCAGAGUUCGAACAGGAAAUGAAAGCCUUCACAAACACCUGGGAUGCUCCACAGGAAUACCACGAGCCGGAACCAGAGCCAGAGCAGGUUCACUACCAUCCCGAACCACAACCGGAACCAUAUUCCGAGCCACCUCCCAAAUAUGUGCCAGAGCACAAACCAGAACCAGUUCCAUCUUUUGCCUACACCAAGUAUGUAGAACCGGAAAGAGUAUUUGACUCCAGUUCUGACUACUUCCCCCAGCACCGGUUGCAGGAGGUCGAACGUAUCGAUAUCGAAGAAGAAAAUUCGUUCGAAUCGAAUGACGUACCAGACGACGGAGUUAACGCCCAUGCCUUCAUCGAAGUAAACGAGAAAUUGUCCCACCUCGGUUUCAUUGAAGACGACAAGGGCUUCGAAGACAUCUACGACGAAUCGAGCUACGACCAGCCUUCAGAAGCAACCUUCGAGCGAGACGCCCAAUCAAGAAGCCUUGAUCGCGAAAAUGUCCCUAAGCUCUUCCCAUGGGAAUUCAGAAACGACCAGACUUCUGAAAGAGUCUUUGACUUCUAG